GUUGAGCUCCAGGGCUGCAUCGUUGCGCUCAGGUACUGACUUCACACUACUCACUGUACAUACCAUUCUGAGGGCAAGAACAUGAUUCCGUUGACCAUGGCUUGAAAUCUGACUUGACUUGUUGUCGUGACGUCUUCCUACUUUUCCACUCUUUGCUAUUAUCCACUCCACCCCUAAAAGUGCUGCUGUUCGUAUUCGCAUCCAGAUAGGCCGAAGAAGAGCCCAUCAUCUUGUCGCACCGCCUUCACUUUUUUCUCACCUCCUAUACUCGAACGACUUCUUCUUCUUCUCGACGCUUCGUUCGAGACGGUGUCAUCCCUAUGUCAACAUGAUUCCUCAUCGGAGCACGGCUCUUCUGACCAUUAUUGUUUUUGUCGCUCUUCUAUUGAUAAUCUUCUCCUCCUCCCCAGCUACCAAUUCAGCAGUCUCCGGCCCGGCCAGAUUUGUUCCUCAUCCGAAGCUUCCCUCUUUCAACGACUUGCACCUGCCAUCCUUCCGUCCCACCGCUCAUACUCCCCCCGAGCCUCAGCCGAAUAGCACGAGUGGAGAAACCAGCUGGUUUAGCGAUUGGUCAUGGAUCAAUCCUUUUUCGUCCUCCAUCACGCUCGACGAGAAUCGAUCCGUGCUUCCCCCCUUGAGGGACAGACCGUUCAUUUACACAUAUUACGAGCCGAACAAGGGCAAUGACGUGGAGGAGAAUAAUGCUGAUGCUCAGCUUCUUCUCGCAUGGCGCAGAGCUUGGUAUGCUCAAGGAUUCCGUCCCGUGAUCCUUGGGCGGGGGGAAGCCAUGAACAACCAAUUCUACGAGCUGGUCCAGCACGUGAAGUUCAAACCAGAACUCGAAAGCGAGAUCUUUAAAUGGCUUGCUUGGGGACACAUGGGCGAUGGCUUGCUUGCGGAUUGGCAUUGUUUCCCCAUGGCUAGGUAUGACGACGCGCUCUUGUCGUCCCUGCGCCGUGGUUCCGAUCCAGCUUUUAUCACCCGCUUCGAUCGUCUUGGGGGCGCCCUUUAUUCUGGGGAGAAAUCAUUGAUCAACGAGGUGAUCAAGCAGGCUCUGAACAAAGUUGAUGAGACGUCUACCUCCCUAGUGGGGUUGGCCUCGACCGACCUCUUCAAGGUGGACGGAGCUAAUUCGCUGGCUUUGUACGACUCCUCAACCAUCACUAGCCAUUACCCAACGAUCGCCGAGAAGAUAGUGUCGUCUCCGACUGCAGGACGACUGGCAUUGGCAGAGUUGAUUAACUCGCAUCUGCACAAUACUUUCCAGAAUGCCUUCCCAGCAGGUAUUGCCAUCUUGAAGCCGUUUCCGAAGCACACAACGGCUCUUGUUGAGCCUGCUUUGCGUCUUGCGAAGGCCCUCGUGCAAUGCCCGAGCUCUCCUGUACCGCAGUCAUGCCCGCCCAACUUACCGAAGUGCCACCCGUGUGAUCCGGCGAAGCCAAUGCAAUUGAGCCAACCGGCCACCUACAGGAACACGACUCGAGUGUUUACCGUCGGGACACUUCCUCACCCUUUUACAUUGAUUAGUCUGCAGCAGGAUUCCACCGACGUGAGCAUCCGCCACAUCCGGCGCGAGACGGAUCGGGAUGUAUGGUUGACUGAAGUCACCAAAGACCAGUUGGGUCUUGAAAUCGGCGGGUUGCCCAGAUCUACGGUGUUUAAAAGGGCCGUUGCUGAUGAUGCCGUCGUUGGAACCUCGCUAUGGAUGACUGUUGAAUCGUUACCCUCUCAUGCCGGUCAAUCCCUUCCGACUGAGCUGCUGGAUGAAUUUGAGUGGCAAUUUGGCUUCAAGAUCCCUCGAGACGGCAAGGUGGACGCCAAGAAUGAAGACGAGAAGAAGGAAUCUGUGCAACAUGCCACUCCGAGUGAGCAGGGAGUUCCAAAGGAAUAUGAGAUUAUUCAACAGGCUCGCGAAAUCAUCAAGGCUCAAAAGCCCAACAACCGACCCAACCCCAAGGCUGCUGCAGAAGCCUGGAACCUGGCGGACUCGGAAGUCUGGCGCUUUGUGAGAGCAUACCGGGCUCGUAGCGUGGUUGAACGCAAGAAGUGGGAGGAAGACGAGAAAGACUUUGUUGGUGCUCAGCUCAAACAGUAGGAUGAGUCAGUGCGCGUAACUGAUAUCCAGUAUUACUUGCAUUACCAUAGACACGCAUGGCAUAAGAAUCAUAAUACCUAUUUAUUUUCAG